AUGAAAGCGCGUGUGCAGCAGAGAUGGAGACCUGCUGUUACGGGUGACCGAGGAGCGGACCGAGGAGCGGACCGAGGAGCGGACCGAGGAGCGGACCGAGGAGCGGACCGAGGAGCGGACCGAGGAGCGGACCGAGGAGCGGACAGGACAGCGACGGAUUUAACGUGCUUCAAAUGUGGAUUGAAGGGACACUUGGCCAGAGCCUGUCAGCGCAGACUGUGGUGCAGUCACUGCAGGAGCACUACGCACCGGGACACCACCUGCAGGAGGAAACAGCGCAAAGACCGGGACGACGCUCACAAAGCCUCCGAGGAGUGUGCAGGACACCAGGAGUACGCUUUCAGAGCGAGCGAGGGGUCUGCAGCGCUGGUGUCCGAGGCUUGGGGGAACAGGACCGACUUGCCGUUCUUUCACGGGCAUGUGUUUGAAAACUCAUCUCCGAGCUCCCGAGUGAACGGUCUGUGCGUCCCGGUCAAGCGCCUCAACUCGCGGCUUUGCGGAGCUGAGGAGCCUGGCGCGGCUGCAGCGGCGCACUUCAAACUCCUAGGAGAAGGGAGCGACAAAUUCCAUGUGUUUGCCCACCACAAACGAGGACAUAUCCUGCUGAAAACGUCCCAAGUUUUGGACAGAGAGGAGCAGGCGGAGUAUGCUUUGGAUGUGGGGUUGUGUUGUGGUGGCCAGUGCGGGGAAGAGGAUGCCCAGUUCCCCGCCGUGGCAUCCAUCAAAGUGGACGUCUUGGACACGAACGACCACCAGCCUGCCUUCUCCGCGGCUGACGUGAAAUUGAGUUUGGACGACGCCACUGCGCUCCGUACUGCUGUGUACACUCUGACCGCGUUGGAUGGUGACAGUGGAAAGAACGGAGAGAUGAUUUACUUUGUUUUGCCCAAGAAUGGGAGUUUUUACGCAGUGCCCAAAACUGGGGACAUCUUUUUGGUUGACUCUAUUCUGGGUCUGGGCGAGCCUAUUAAGUUUAAAGUGUUUGCCAGGGACAGAGGUUGGCCCCCGCGCACCAGCCGAAGCGUGGCGGUGGAGGUCAGUCCCAGGCAACGGCCCCUGAAACCCGGGGAAAAGCGCGAAGUCAAAGCGGGUACCAGAAAGUCGCGCUCUCUGCUGGAAACGGACGAGCCGUUGCUUAUAAACGUGUCUGAAGACGCAGGGAUCGGCUCCGUGGUGAUGAAUCUGAACCCGGUCAGGUUCCAGACAGCGGCGUUUGAGCUGGUGGAGCCGGACAUGGAGACCAGCCCGGUGAGCGUGAGUCGAGACACUGGGGAUAUAAUCAUCUCGCGCAAACUGGACCGAGAGACCGAGCCGCUGGUGGAGAUAAGCGUGAGAGUUCAGGAUAAAAGAGCCGAGACUCUUGCGGCUUUCUUUCAAUACGCCGAUGCUCCCUCCAGGGAUUUGGUGUAA